AUGCAGUCGCGGUUCAUCUGGCUGCUUCCACUCUUUUUUGCAGUCGUGGCAGCUCAGAGUUAUUCUUAUGGCGUCGAUAUCGACACACUCACUCGCAGACAAGACAAUGGCCGCAUAGUUAUCAAGCCUCUUCCACAAACCCGCAAUGGCACCGUUCCCCUCAGACCUGAGAUCCGCGAGAUGCAAGCCGACAAAUACAAAUGGGACCUCUAUAUCCUCUCCAUGAGCAUGUUGAUGGAUGUCAAUCAGGAUGACCCUGCCUCGUGGUACCAGAUCGCCGGAAUUCAUGGCGUCCCUUUCGAAGCGUGGAACGGCGUUGAGGCUGCUCCAGGAGCUAAUCAGUCUGGUUACUGUACUCACAACUCCGUUCUGUUUCCAAUGUGGCACCGGCCAUACUUGACUCUUUUCGAGCAAGAACUUUACCGAAUGGCCAACGUCAUUGCCGGCAUGUUUCCUAACGGGACCGACCGACAGUCAUACAUAGAUGCUGCGCGCGACUUUCGUAUGCCAUAUUGGAACUGGGCGAUGCCUGCUCCUGAAGGGGAGUCACACUUCCCUGACGUUUUCUGGAACAAGACUAUCUCUCAGAAUGGUCCGCGGGGUGUCCAGGACAUACACAAUCCUCUUUACUCUUACCAGUUCCAUCCCAAGAACGCAACUGCCAUGAUAUGGACCCCUUUAAGAAACUGGAACGAGACGAAGAGAGCUCCAAACUCGACCGAAGCCGGCAGUCAGGAACCAACAUCCGACAACGAGCAAGUCAACAGGGCUCUACUAUCAAAGCUCCCCGAGAUCCAACGUCGUCUUUCGACGCUUUUCUCCAGUUACAAGGAUUUUAACAGUUUUGGUAGCAAGGCAUGGGCUUUUUCGAACAACUCAACUCUAGACUCGCUCGAAUCGGUCCACGACAUUAUUCAUAUCUUCGGCGGACUCCAAGGUCAUAUGACUUUUGUUCCACUGUCUUCUUUCGAUCCAUUGUUCCUCCUUCAUCACACCAUGACGGAUAGACUCGUGGCAAUAUGGCAGACUAUGAAUCCAGACUCGUGGUUGACCCCUCUACCAGCAGGAGAGAAUAGUUUCACAUCUAUCAAAGGCGAGAUGCAAGAUUCUCAGUCGCCAUUGACACCUUUCUUGUCGUCUGAAGAUGGCACUUUCUGGAAUUCUGAUACUGCCAGAACUACAGAAGCCUUUGGCUAUGCAUAUGCCGAUACAGAUCUAACAGGGAAGCAGAAAGAAGAUGUCCGACAAGAAUUACAGAAGAAGAUAACUGACUGGUGGGGAGGCGAUUCUGUGUCGCUGCUGGCUUCCACCAAGUACCCUGCGGCUACAGAAUGGGUUGCCGACGUGCGAUUGAAUGUACUCCACGAUCAUACCUUCACCUUCAUUCAUUUUUUCCUGGGCGAUCCCUUGGGUGGUCACCAGAGUUGGCUUUCUGCGCAAAACAAUGUUGGCAGUGUCUUAGUUUCUAGCGGUCUAAACACGACAGCGGUGGUAGGGGUACAUUUGACGCCUGAAAUGAUGAGGGGAGUCCAGGCCAGAGAGAUGAUUGAGAAGCUACAGUUCCGUAUAGUCGAGAACGGCAAUGUGGUUUCCCCGGACGAUGUAGAUUUACGCAUACAGCUUGUCCGUGAUGAUGGAACAUUAAUCAAGUUGUGGGGUUAG